UGUACAUGUUUGGCAUGACUCUGGAUAAGGCUGGCAAUGUUGUAACUUCUUAGGCUACAAUUUUGUACAUUUCAGAUUUGGUUUUGCUGAUUUUAUACACAGCUAGUAAUCAUGACAACCAAUGAGAGACUCCCUGAGGUUGGGCAAGAGGAAUUGUACAAUUUACUAAAAACAACUAAAAUACAAUUGUUUGAUGUCCGAACACCUGAAGAAAUAACUGAACAGGGCAAGAUUGCAGAGGCUGUUACUCUGCCAUUGUUACAAGUGAAAGGAGCAUUUGAGGGAACGGAGGAAAAGUUCAAAGAGACAUAUGGCGUAGACCGGCCUAAUCCCGAAGAUAAAAACUUCAUUUUCACAUGCAGGAGCGGAAGGAGAAGCUUCUAUGCUAUGGCAGUUGUACAUGAGCUAGGGUGGAAAUGGGCAAAGAACCAUGAGGGAGGGUGGCUAGUGUGGCCUUACAAGGAAGAGACAUCACAGAAAAUGUGAAAUGCUACCACAAACAUUCAAUAACUGUUGGAGCCCAAGAAUAAGCCAAGAACUUUGUUCACUCGAGAGAGGUGUUUACUAAGACAAGUUUUACUGCAUUCAGUUAUUUGUGCAUAUACUAUAAAGUUGUGUUCCUUGAUGUCGGAAUCAGUGUCAUUUUGACUAUAUGAUAAAGUUUAAUCCUGGAUAACUAAACAUGUGUAACCUCCCCCCCACGACAUUGACAACCACUUAGCUGAGAAGAUACAAAGUGGGGAAGCUGAAAGACUUUAUUAACAAACAUUUGUAAAAAAGUAUAAAAAUAGAAAUAUACAAUAAAUAAAAUAUUUUGACCAAGUGUUUCUUUGUGCAAGUAAACAAUCUAGGAUUUUCAAUGUUACUUUUGAUUUUAGUUG